GCGUGUUCUUCCCCCGGCGUGUUCGCAAUGGCAGCGUCCGACGACGACGACUCCGCGCUCCAGGUUCUCUCGGGCGAUGAUCAAGACGAUGGAGCGUAUUCCAGUGAUUUUGAGGAGGAAGAGGCAGAUUCUGGUGAGGAAGAGGCAGAUUUGGAUGGAGAAGAGGGAGAUUUUGACGAUGAAGAUGAAGAGGAUGAAGAUUCCGAUGAGGAGGACGGGGCUGCGGAUGAAAAUGUGGAGGCCAACGACUCGGCGAAUCACGAGGAAAUUCGCGAGGCGCUACUGGAUUACAUUGGAAACGGCAAUGCUGGAGCUGACGGUGAUGAAGAAUCUGAUGAUCGCGAAGCCGCCGACGAGAGCGAUUCUUCCGAAGACGAGGCUCCUCCACGGAACACUGUUGGAGAAAUUCCUUUAGAGUUUUACAAAGACGAGGAACACAUUGGCUACGAUAGAGCUGGCCGCAAGCUGAAGAAGCAAGCACGGAAGGAUCAACUGGAUUCUUUUCUCGAUCGUAGUGAUGAUCCAAAGGACUGGCAUAAAGUCUAUGACGAGUAUAACGAUGAAUAUGUCGAACUUACGAAAGAAGAGAUGGGUAUGAUCUCGAGAAUUCGCCAGGGGAAGCUACCACACGCGGAAGUUGAUCCAUAUCAGCCUUAUGUGGAUUGGUUCGACUGGGACGGAAAAGGCCAUCCAUUGUCAAAUGCUCCUGAGCCUAAACGGCGCUUUAUUCCCUCCAAAUGGGAAGCUAAAAAGGUUGUCAAACUCGUUCGUGCUUUGAGAAAAGGAUGGAUUAAAUUGGACAAACCGAAAGAGAAACCUCGAUUUUAUUUAAUGUGGGGAGAUGACCUGAAAGUUAACGAGAAAACAGCCAACGGUCUUGCCUACAUCCCAGCACCAAAGGCCAAGCUUCCAGGUCACGAAGAGUCAUACAAUCCACCAGUCGAGUAUAUCCCAUCUGAAGAGGAAAUUAAUUCUUAUCAGCUUAUGUAUGAAGAGGAUCGACCAAAAUUUAUUCCAAAGAAGUUCGAUAGUCUUCGUCAUGUUCCUGCUUAUGCUGAGUUUAUCAAGGAAAUAUUUGAGCGUUGCUUGGAUUUAUAUCUGUGCCCCCGAACACGCAAAAAACGGUUGAAUAUCGAUCCGGAUUCCCUUCUUCCAAAACUUCCCAAACCAAAAGAUUUGCAGCCAUAUCCAACAACGUGCUUUCUAGAAUACAAAGGGCAUACGGGUGCCGUUUCGUCUAUCAGUGCGGAUCCUACUGGAGAGUGGCUAUUAUCAGGAUCGCGGGAUGGAACUGUUAGAGUCUGGGAGGUGCAAACCGGAAGGUGUAAAAAGGUUUGGGACGUGGGUGGCAGCGUGUUUUGUGUUGCCUGGAACCCGAAUCCAGCGUUACCUGUUGUCGCCAUCGCAGUGAGCAACGACGUGGUGUUACUUGAUCCAGAAGUUGGAGAUGAAGAAGUCCAAUUGAAUAUUGCCAAGCUGUUAGCUGUCCAGCCGAGUACUUCGGAACCUACGGAAAAUACUCCAUUGAUCAGCUGGAAAAGGCACGACAAGCUUCGCGGCAUCCAACUGUCUCAUCAGCAGAACGUUGUGCGGGUUUCAUGGCACAAUAAAGGCGAUUAUUUUGUCUCAGUUUCUCCAGAUGGCAACAACAGAGCUGUUUUGGUACAUCAACUAUCAAAGCAGCAAAGUCAAAACCCUUUCCGCAAGCAUCAUGGCCGUGUUGCUGAUGUGCUUUUCCAUCCAACAAGGCCGUUUAUGUUUGUGGCAACGAAAAUGCAUGUCCGUGUAUACAACCUUGCGAAGCAGGAGCUGUCGAAGAAGCUGAUCACUGGUCUUCAGGAAAUUUCGUCGAUGGCUUUACACUCGGGAGGGGACAAUUUAAUUCUCGGAAGCAAGGGUGCAAAGCUCUGCUGGUUCGACAUGGACCUCUCAGUGAAACCUUACAAAACCAUCAAGAAUCAUAAGGAAGACAUCAAUGCGGUAGCUUUUCACAAGUCAUACCCGCUGUUUGCAUCAUGCUCAGACGAUUUGUCAACGCAUGUCUUCCACGGCAUGGUAUACUCCGAUCUCAUGCAGAACCCCUUGAUCGUUCCAUUGAAGAUCCUCCACGGCCACCAGAAAGGUGUAUCAGACAUCAAGUUCCAUCCAACGCAGCCGUGGCUUUUCACGGCCGGAGCAGACUCAGUUAUAAAACUCUUCUGCAACUGAAGUGGUAGGAAAGGCAGAUCGAUCAACCCAUGAAAACCGAAAGCAACCGCAAGAGAACGAGAUCGGAGGGAUCAGAAAAAAUCGGUCAGUGUUCGUAAGUCUCGAAUGGGAGUAGCAACAGCAGCAGCAGCAGCAGCAGACGGAGGUGGUGGUGUUUUGUUUCGCGCCGAUGAAACGAUUAAACUGGACAAGCGGGAAAAGGAUUGAGAGUGAUCAUACGCUGACAACGGCGCAGAAUCUGGGGACCACGCGGGCAGCGUUUUGACUUUGCGGGGGGGCAUUAUUGCACGUGGCCGUUUUCGUUUUCUACUGCUGCUGCUGCUGCUGCUUCCGCUGCUGUGCUACUACAAAAACUGCGAGCAACGCAACAAGACUUCGCUACAGCUCACAAGGCCUGUUUGUUUUUCGCUUUGCUUUCGACUCUUUCGUUUUCACGACCCAGUUCUCUCUCUCUCUGUGUUUUUUUUAAAGAGUUUUAUUGGGGACAUGCUCUACAGGCGGCACCCCGCUUGCAAACAGACGAGCAGUUUUCUUUGCG